AUGUUGUCAACGGACAUUACGCCCUCCAGCCGCCGACGCACUCUACCACCCCUUUUAUCAAUGCUCCAUGUCCUUAACGACGAGUACCGCUACUUCAAUCCCAUCGCCAAUAAGAACACUCCGCAUGGCCUGCCACCCAUCAUCACCACUUCCACCACGAGCAACGCGGAUUCGAUCCCAGUCUUUCCUGCUUGUAGUCGCACCUUCACGUCAUGCAUCGGUCUGAUUUGUCACUUAAAAAUCGAUCGCACCGAAACUGUCGAACCAGUGCCUGACGCAACAGAAUAUAGCCACAGGACCAGUCUCAGCCGCUUCCACUACCCACUCAUAUUCAAUCGUCGCACUGGCAUACCCAGCCUCCUGCACGCGCCGACAGCCGAAAUCACUGUGGUGUCUGCACGCCAAAGCCACCUCGCAAAUCUGCAAGCCUACUAA